CGGAAGCAUCCUCGAGGUGGUCGGAACGCGCCCGGGCUGGCACUUCCGAACGUCCCCACUGAACCCUGGAGUCAGUUUCAGAGGAAGCUAGACGACGCAGGGGACUCGUUAUGCCCGUGAAGACCUUUAACUGGAAUUUCGUCACUGACCAGCGGAUUCAGCAAUUAAAGGGUCAAGUUCGAGCCAAAGAAGAAAGAAUAGUCCAAUUGGAAACUGAAAAUGCUGUUCUUCAUCUGAAACUGGCUGAGUACUAUGAGAUAAUUGGGAGAAGCAAUAGUAAGGCUGUACAACUUUGUUCUCUUUAUAAUGAACAACAAGACCUGAGAAGAAAUACAUACUUAAACUUAAUCCAGAUCUGUCAGGAAGUACAGAAACUUAAACAAGAACUAAAGGAUUUUCAGUCUUUUUCUCGUCUACUCGUGAGUAAUUUCCAUCAUCAGUAUCAGGAAUGUCUUUCUCAGAUAGUGGAUGCUGUUCAAGGAACACAGAUCGAAAAUGAGAAUCUGCAAUCAUUUCAGGCAAGAACAGUUGAUCUUGAACAGUCUUUACAGGAAAUAAAUGAGCUCUACCAAGUUGAAAAACGGAAGAGAAAAGAACUUCACAACAAUCUGGUGGAGCUGAGAGGAAACAUCAGAGUCCACUGUAGAAUCCGUCCUUUGCUGCCUUUUGAUACUGAAUCUGUAGAACCAGCCUUCCAGAAUAGGUCCAUAUCACUUUCUGAAAAGGUGAUACAUGCGAUGGAUGAUGAAACAGUCCUGGUGAGAUGCAAUCGUCCUGGUCACCCUCUAUUUAAUAAGACAUUUCAGUUUGAAAGAGUUUACAGUCCUCUGGAGUCUCAGACUAUAGUAUUUGGAGAUGUGCGUCCCCUGAUUACAUCUCUUUUAGAUGGAUAUAAUGUUUGUAUUAUGACUUAUGGACAGACAGGGAGUGGAAAGAGCUACACCAUGCUGGGACCGCAUUCAGAAAGUGAUGCUAUUUCACCAUCAGAAGCUGACCAUGAAAUGGGAAUCAUUCCCAGAGCAGCUGGAGAACUUUUCAGACUUCUUUCAAAAAACCCAACGGUGAACCCCAGGGUUGAAGUUUCUAUAGUUGAAGUAUAUAAUAAUGAACUCUUUGACCUUCUGGCCAAAGAUAGCUCUGGAACAAUAGUUGGUGUGAAGCGGGAUGUAAUCACAACCAAGGAAGGAAAGAGCAAUGUGCCUCUGUUGACCUAUGAGCUUGUGGAAAGCCCUGCUGAAUUUAUGAAGCUUAUCAAUAAAAGUCUGCAACUCCGAGUGAGACAUCCCACACUGGUUCAUGCUGAUUCCUCCCGCUCUCACUUGGUAGUUACAAUUACUCUCACAAUGUCUGUCCCUUUCGAUAGCUAUGUAGAUCAACAAUCAAGUCAAAAGCUAUGUAAAGAGAUACUCUGCACCACUCCUCAGAAAGUAAUGAAAGGUGAGAAGCCCAGCUUCCCUCCUCGAGGUUCUUCUCCAGCAUCAGCUCCCCUGGACCUCACAGAGCAACAGAAACAAGUCCAAACCAAGUUACAACUUGUGGACUUGGCUGGCAGUGAAUGUAUUGGUAUGUCUGGAGUGACAGGGACUGUCCUGAGGGAGACCUCAUUUAUCAAUCGAAGCUUAGCAGCCCUAGCAGAUGUUCUAGGAGCCCUGUCAGAGCACCGCGGUCACAUUCCUUACCGCAACAGCAAACUCACCCACCUCCUACAGGAUUCCAUAGGGGGUGAUGCCAAGUUAUUGGUGCUGCUCUGUGUGUCCCCCUGCCAGAAGUAUUUGGCAGAAACAUUGCAGUCCCUGGGCUUUGGAAGUCGAGCCCGACAAGUUCAGAGAGUCCAAGCCAAGAGAAGAAAUCUGCUUGUGUCAGGCAAAUCCAAAUGAGAGACAAGAUUUGAAUGGAUUAAAAAUAUUAAUGAGUU